AUGGCACCCGAAGACAGAGAGCAUACGACCUUCCUCACCGAGCAAGGGGUGUACUUCUAUAAGGUCAUGCCGUUCGGGUUGAAAAACGCCGGGGCCACAUAUCAGAGAACGGUGAAUAGGAUGUUCGCCCAUCAGAUCGGAAGGAACAUGGAGGUUUACAUGGACGACAUGAUCGUGAAAAGCCAAGAGGCCGGAGCGCACCUUGCCGACCUGACCGAGGCGUUCGCCACACUACGCAAGUUCGGUAAGCGACUUAACCCCACAAAAUGCGCCUUCGGCGUCACCUUCAGGAAAUUCCUCGGGUUCAUCAUACACGAAAGAGGAAUUGACGCCAACCCGGAGAAAGUUCAGUGGACGACGGAGUGCGAGGAAGCUUUAAAAAAAACAAAGCAGCACCUGGCCAGCCUCCCCCGACUCGCCUCUGUUUCUCCCGGGGAGAAGCUGGGCCUCUACCUGGCGGCCUCCCCACAUGCAGUAAGUUCCAUCCUGAUCAAAGAAAGCUCCGGCGAGCAACUUCCGAUCUACUACGUCAGCCAUGUCCUGAACGGACCCGAGGAGCGCUACCCGCCAAUAGAGAAACUCGCACUCGCCCUGGUGCUGUCAGCUCAGAAGUUGCGCCCUUACUUCCAGGCCCACCCGGUGGAGGUCAUCACCGACCAACCUCUUCGGCAGGUCUUAUCUAAAUUUGAUAUUGCAGGGUGGCUCCUCAAAUGGCCAGUGGAGCUCGGCGAACAUGAGAUAAGAUACGUGCCCAGGACCGCCAUCAAAGCCCAGGCGGUAGCCGACUUCAUCGUGGAGUUAACGCGGAUGGCAGACGGGGAUCUCGAGCAACCUCUCAAAGCUUGGACUCUUCACGUGGAUGGCUCGGCCAGCUCAAAGGGUGCCGGCGUAGGGCUUGUCCUGCUCGCCCCUGACGGACGCUCGUUUGAGCGCUCCCUCCGCUUCGGGUUUAAAGCCACUAACAAUGAAGCGGAAUACGAGGCGCUCCUAGCGGGACUCAGGUUGGCCCUCGAGAUGCAGGUGGCUGCUAUACACGUCCUCACCGACUCGCAGCUUGUGGCCGAGCAGCUCAAUGGUGGAUACGGGGCUCAGGACCCAACCAUGGCGAAAUACCUAGCACGGGUCGAGGAGCUUCCCGCCCGCGCUAUUGAAGUAGCAGCUACGGCCCCCAGUAGUGCGCCAAUCACAUGGGUACAAGAGCUGCUACGCUUCAAGCGGGAUGGGACCCUUCCCCACGACGAAGUUGCAGCUCGGCGCCUGCGUCAUACACACGCGUGGUAUACUGAGGAGAGUGGGCGGCUUUACAGGCGGUCCUUCACCUACCCCCUCCUACGAUGCUUGGAGCCCGACGAGGCCCAGACGGUCCUGGCCGAGAUCCACGAGGGAGUCUGCGAAGAACACAUCGGCGGGCGAACCUUGGCACACAAAAUACUCAGCCAAGGUUACUACUGGCCGACCAUGUGCCGGGACGCGAAAGCUUACGCGCAGCGGUGCGGUCCGUGCCAGGAACACGCCCGCGCACCCCGACAGCCCGCGGUCCCACUCAGCCCCAUCGUGUGCGCGUGGCCGUUCGCACAGUGGGGGUUGGACCUGCUCGGACCUUUCCCACCGGCUUCGGGGCAACGUAAGUACAUCAUCAUGGGAGUGGAUUAUUUCACAAAGUGGGUCGAGGCUGAGCCGUUGGCGACAAUCACGGAACAUCAAAUGGAGAAGUUCGUGUGGAGAAACCUAGUGACUCGGUUCGGGUUGCCCAAAACCAUUAUUACGGAUAACGGACCUCAGUUCGCUGGUAGGAGGUUCCAGUUCUGUUCCAGUCAUGGCAUCCAGCUAAGGUUUAGCUUGGUGGCCCACCCUCAUACGAAUGGGCUGGCAGAGGUAACCAAUCGGUCCAUCUUGGACGGACUUAAAAGAAGAGUGUCUGCAGCCCUAUCGGCCUAG